CGAGGAGCGGCGCCGCGCUGCGUGUUUCCGGAAGACGUGGCCGCCGCUUUACCCGGAGACCAAGAGAGCGGAGAGGAAGGCACGCCCACCGCCGCCAACAUGAUCUCCCUCACCGACACCCAGAAGAUCGGAAUGGGCCUUACUGGCUUUGGCGUUUUCUUUCUGUUCUUCGGCAUGCUGCUGUUUUUUGACAAGGCUCUGCUAGCCAUCGGAAAUGUCCUAUUUGUGGCCGGAUUAGCGUUUGUCAUCGGACUGGAGAGAACGUUCCGCUUCUUCUUCCAGAAACACAAAGUUAAAGCCACAGCAUUCUUUCUUGGCGGAGUGUUUGUGGUCCUCAUCGGCUGGCCACUCAUUGGGAUGGUUCUAGAGAUCUACGGUUUCUUCCUGCUGUUCAGGGGAUUUUUCCCAGUGGUUGUCGGUUUUAUUCGAAGAGUCCCUGUAUUAGGAUCUAUCCUGAAUUUACCUGGAAUAAGCUCGGUAAGUUAG